CAGUCAGUCUUAAUAAGUCCUGACAUCCCAAAACUUAUCUCAAGGUAGAGUUACAGAGUAUGUCUGCAACUUUAAAGUGAAGUGCCAAGCAGCCCCACAAAGAGCUUUCAAGCGAGCAUGGUGGAUCAUUAGGUACCGUAUUAGGUUGCUCUUCGCGUCAGGUCGCGGAAGUUUGGCAGACGUCAUUAGCACCAGUGGUUAACCCAUCAAACCCAGGAAAGUUCUUCACCUCAACACCACAACAGCAAUUAAUCCUUCGUCGUUCAAACUCGGCCACGGUUUUGGUAUCAUUUCAAUCGAUUCCUACGGUCCUUAGAGGAGUGACGCGCAAGACUAGCGUAUCACUUGCGACCUGAAAGAUUCGAAUCGACUUAUCUUUGUGACUCCAUCACUUCAACCUUCGCUGGCUUAAACCGAAAUGGAUCCCCAUACUACAUCAUCAGACGCUGCACCUAAUGAGUCGUCGCCAUUACUCCCUACCACAGAGAACCGACCCAAAGGAACACGAUCAGUUACUUUCAGCGACAACCCUGUUACAAAAACCUUUGAGCCUACUCGACAACAAUCCCAAUAUCGAUCUCCCGGGCAUCAUGCUAUUGGCUCCGUCAGCGGCGCCGCUGGUGGCCCUCCCAUGCUCACAGCUCUGAACAACAAGCUCAGGAGACGGAACAGCCAAGGAUCGGUACCUGCAGUUGCUAAUUUAUCUUUUGGACCCAAAAUUGGUCCUCAGCGCAGUACGAAAAAGACGGAAAAGCUUAAGCUGCUUCCCAACACCAAUCUGGAUGACCCUGAAGAUGAGGAGAGUGGAAGAGAUGUCUAUUCUCAGUACACACGUAUCAAGGAUCCUGCUGCGCGGAGAGAUGCAGCGAAACUAGGGAAAGCGGAUCGAGAUCGUCUGCCGCGUGUCACGGCAUAUUGCACUGCAAACCGAUACGAGAUGGAAGCCCUGAUGAGAUUUCUAAAGGGAAGAGGAAAGACGCGAGGCGCAAACCCCAAGCUAAUUGACGAAUGCAUAUAUACGCCGUAUAAUUACACCUCCAAGAACGCGCGCAGUCGCGAUCCAGUUCAGAACUAUGAACGCCGGCAUUCAACUGGAGGUGACGCCAUUGAUGUCGCGCAACAGAGGAGCGACUUAGCUGACUUACACUCAGAAGAGGCCGGUUCAGAGGCUCAUGGCCACAAUGGCCACGCCCAUAACGAUACUAAUGGUAACGGUAAUGGUUCUCACAUUGAUAGCGCAGAUCUGCUGGGCUCGGUAGUAGAAGACCACGACUCGAUAAGCGAGACCAACCCCGAUUUUGAUACGCAGGUGCAUACACCCGAGGUGUUUCUGUUUGAUUAUGGAGUGGUUGUCAUCUGGGGAAUGACCGAGGCCCAAGAAGCCCGGUUCCUGAAAGAGAUCGCCAAGUUCGAGACGGAAAAGCUUGCUCCAGAUGAUGUCGAGACGGAGUUGUUCAACUUUUACUACACAAAGGAUUACCAGGCUCGUAUCUAUAACGACUUUAUCACCCUCCGCGACAAGAACAACUACAUGACGAAAUUGGCUAUUUCUCAUGCAUUAGCGCAGAGUGUCAAAACCUCACUCUUCGAAGAGCUGAUCGCAUCAACAGUCGAUACAUGCAAAGAUAUUCCUACACAAAUAGCCACAACAGGGAAAAUCGCACUUCGGCGGUCACAAAUCAACAUGCAAAUUGGAGAGCUAUUCAUUCUUCGCAUCAAUAUCCACCUCAACGGCUCAGUCCUCGAUACACCCGAGCUCUUCUGGGUAGAACCGCAGCUCGAACCCGUGUACCAAGCCGUCCGGAGUUAUUUAGAGAUGGAUCAGCGUGUUGGACUUCUGACAGAACGUCUCGAUGUCAUAGCAGAUUUGUUGGCUGUACUAAAAGGAGAGCUCAGUCACGGCCAUGAUGAGAAGCUUGAAUGGAUCGUAAUUGUUCUUAUUGCGGCCGAAAUACUUGUUGCAGCUGUCAAUAUUGUGGUAGACUUAUACGUUGGCGAAUAAGUUUUUGGUCACCCAUGGUACCUCACCCCCCUUUGUGUAAGGUGAAGAAAGAAGGAGAAGAAGAAAUAACAAAUUUAGCUAGCGGAGUUUGAUCUUGUCAGUUUAAUCUUGUUACAGUUUGGUAUAAAACUCAGAAACCAGGCGAAAACCAAGGACCAGGAGUAUAGGUGUAAAACUUGCAGCUGUUAGAU